AUGGCGGGAGCUUCAGACGUACAUACCCAUGACAACAAGGAGAACACUGAUACCACCAAGGGCCUCAAUAACGCCGCUAACCAGCACACAAAUGGCGGCGGCGAAUCCAACAAAAACACUGCCGCCAAAUCUGCCUCGUCUCUCAACCCAUCAACGAAGCGCAAAUUCACCGAUGCGGCGCCUAUCCCCGACGACCCUGACAGUGACUCCGACGACCUAAUCGGCGUCCCCAUCGACCAAAACCCCGACCAAAUCCGGCGCAAGAUCCGGACCUUCAUCGAAGCAGGCGGGAUGAAAGUCGGAGAAUUCUGCGACACGAUCGGCGUAUCCAACAACUCCUACAACAGCUUCCUGAAGCAGAGCGGGCGCACCAAGGGGCUCAACAGCGCGACCUUCGAGAAUGCAUGGGCGUUCUUCAAGAAGCGGGAGUUGAAAGGUAUCAAGAUGCCCAGCAAGAAGAAACAGAAGACGGAGGCUGCGGCCAGCGCUGCUAAAGACGGCAAAGUCGGCAAAGACGGCAAAGUCGGCAAAGACGACGGCGUGGUCGAUAUCAGCGGCAUCGAGCUGCCGGGCGAGAAGGAGGAUGCCGUCGAGGUGUACGAUACCUGCGACACGAUCCGCAAGAAGAUCGACGCGCAUCUCCGCAAGCCGGGCGUCACGCAAGCGCAGUUUUGUAGAGAUUUGCUCGCGCAAUAUCACGGCCCUAAGAAGCCGGCGCAUAUCACCGGCUCCCAGCUCGCCAACUUUCGCGGUAAAAAGGGGCCAAGUGCGGGAAAUAGCACCUCCGUCUUCUACGCCGCCUACGUGUUCUUCGAGAAGAUGCGGAUAAAAGAAGGCAAGAAGAAGACGAAGGAGAGAGAGGAGAUGGAGGCGAUUUGGGGACCCAAGGGUGGUUUUGAGAUUGAGAAAAAUAUGAGUAACGCUAGGUAUACAAUCCCUGUUGGAACAAAAAUUUAUACGGACAAGCAUGGCGUUGUGCGCUUCUAG